UUAGACAGAAAUUCUUUUCGUUGUCGCGAAGUAUUCUAGUUAUUACUUUUUUUUUUUUCUUCUUUUUAAAUUUUCUGCUACUGACAAUUGCUUGUGGCUCGACCGAUGAAAUGAAAUGGAACAUGGAGAUCGAGGAAAUCGAAGCGAUUCUAGAGAAAAUCUGGGACCUUCACGACAAGCUCAGCGACGCUAUUCACUCCAUUUCCAGGUCUCACUUUCUUAGCUCCGUCAAAUCCCUUAAGAACUCUCACAACAUUCGCACCGGUAACCUCUCCGCCUCCGCCACCGCCGCCGAUGAUUCCGCCACCGCCGAAGACCGCGUCGGUUUCGUCUUCGUCAAGGACUUCCGUCCCGAAGACGAUGAUUCCGCCCUUCACGAAGCCAAGAGCCUUAACGCUAUAAGGACUGCGCUCGAGAACCUCGAAGACCAACUCGAGUUCCUUCAUACCAUUCAAACGCAGCAGCGUGUUGAGAGAGAUGCAGCAAUUGCCCGAUUAGAACAGAGUAGAAUUGUUCUUGCAAUGAGACUGGCAGAACAUCAUGGUAAAAAAUAUGAAGUUAUCAAAGAAGCUCAAGCUUUUGUUGGAGAUGUACAUGAUGCAGGUCGGCUUGUUUCACCUGAAAUUCUUUGUGGACAACCAAACUGUUCUGAGAACUUUGUGACUGAGAAAGGGAAGAAUUCUAAUUUCUUUUACAAUGUUUUUGUCUCAAGUUUUAAUUUUGUGAAGAAAUCUUUUGGAUUGGAUCAUAUGGGUGGAAUAGUGGGAAAUGCUGCUUUGGUUGCUGUUAGCAUGAUUGCGUUGCUUCAUUUGCAUCAGAUUAGUUAUCAUGACCAUCCGUUCAGGCACGAAGAUGGAGUUCACAGCAAUAGAACUUUCAGAACAACAACUGAGGGUUCAUCAUCCGAAUCCUCUUCCUGUAAUUUGGAUGUAUUGUUGGCCAGGGGCUAGGAUUAAAGAAAAGCAUUCUAAUCUUUUGGAGAAAUUAGUAGUGCGUGAUGGUUUUAGUUUACGAAGGGUUUUUUCUCUUCUCUUUUUUUUUUAAUCCUUUUUUUUGUUGUUGGUUUCUCUGUCUUUGUUGGUAUCAGCAGUGUGGGUCUGUGGGGACUGGGGAGGAGGGUAGGCCAAAGAGGAGGUAAACCUGCUUCCUUGAGAUUACUACUUAAAUCUUGCAACCUGUCUUUGUUCUUAGGCUUCUUGCACCGAAAAGUUUGUUUAGUCGAGAAUUGAUGUGCAAGGUAUAGGUCAUUUUCUUUUAAAUGAAUUCCUUGGUGUGAUGAUGGUGCUUCAAAUAUUUUGGCUAAGAUGUUUUCAUUAUGGUGGAAGUCAAGUUGUGAUCCAUUUUCCUGCUAGCUAGUUAUAGUUUGUAUCUGUUUGGUAGAUGCGUUUCGAUGUAAAGUGAGAAUUCAGGAAUCUACAUUUUCUUAUUCGAUGCUGCUGCCUUUAAGGAAAUC